AUUUCUUAUUAGAUCAGCAAUACAAAAGCUCGUAUUUUGGUUUGGAGAAUUUAUCGCCUUAGCAGUAAAUUCAGAAUGCGAGAAAACAAAAUGGCGUCCGCAGUGGGGAAGGAGUUAGAGGAAUUAUGUACAAACUAUGAACAAAUGGAACUUGAUGGAGUGGCUACAGGCGAAGUCUACACACAGCUCCUUGCUAUUUAUCUGCUACAAAAUGACAUAUGCAAUGCCAAGUUUCUUUGGAAAAGAAUGCCAGAUGAUAUCAAGAACUCCACUCCUGAAGCUGCGUCUCUAUGGACUCUUGGAUGCCACAUGUGGAAAAGAGAUUACGUGGGGAUUUAUGCGUCACUCAACCAGGAAUGGUCAUCAUUAACACAGCCAUAUAUCAUCUCUUUGAAAGAGAAGUUUCAAGAUAAAGUCUUCAGACUUUGUGAAAGAGCAUACACCAGCAUAAAGAAAGAUGACCUUGCUGCCUACCUUGGCAUGACAGUUACUGAUGCUGUAUCAGUUGCUGUUAGUCAAGGAUGGACCCUAGAUUCUGCCUCAGGUUUUUUGGCUCCAAAGAGAUCAGAGCCUGUUACCAAAGAUAUUCCUCUGACGAGCGAACAGGAACUGGCACUAUUGACAGACUAUGUGUCAUUUCUAGAAAACUGAUGUUUACCAUUUGUGUUUGUAAUGUCUUCCAUGAAUUCCUUGUACUAAGAAAACAACAAAAUAGGAAAAACUGAUUUGAAAAUAAUCUUUUGUAUAUACUGCUAUAGAACCAGUAAACGUGCUUUGAACUUGGGAGAAAA